AUGACCGUGGUCGCAGAGGAUGUCAAAUUACCAGCUGCGGUACCCGCGUCACUGCUUUCCGUGCUUUCACAAAAUAAUAAUCUCAUUGCCGACGAGCGUCCCAUCAAACGACGCAAGGUUGCUAAAUCGGGCACCCACAGUCUCGCGCAGGAAAAUGGGAUUUCUUCAACAGGAAUUCCAUUGGGCUACAUCCCACUAGCUCGGCUAGCUUUGCGCAUGAAGCUUGAGAGAACCCCCGAAUCGAAUGACCAUAACCUACUUGCAUUCGUUGAAUCCUAUAAUAAAACCCCCGUUAUUCUGGAAAUUCAAAAUUGUCUUAUACUUGAAGAUGACACGGCCGAACAAGAAGACGAAGAAGUUGCGCACAGCGAGCGCGGUCCCGAAUCAUACACAGUUUCGCUAUACACCAUCGAUGACGAGCGUGAACUAUUGUUUGAGCAUGAAUUUGGUGAUUCGCGACUCUUCGGUUUCCUUGAGCAGCUUCACCAAGCCAGCCUUCUCACUCCCGCGGACCGUUACUCCAGGCGCACUCCAAUAGCAAGCUACCAAGCCUCCGUCCAAUACUCUUCGAGUGAUCGAAUUUUGAAUCUGGAAGUGAAUACCAUUUGGAAAGAUUCGCUUGAUAUUCCAGACUUCACCACCCUUCAAGAUGAGGCAUUGGAGGCAUUUGCCAAAUAUGCCCUGAAGGAGUCAUUUGAUCGACCAGUCGGAGGUUAUGAUAGACGAAAACACCGAGAACAACUCCUCGGGUCCCCCCGGAAUUGGGCUCCACGCGAAUUCUACCAAAGUGUACACGUCCCACCUGACACAAUAGAUGCGUCGGCGAAUGUCAAAUGUCCCGAUCUUGUGUGUGACCUUUUUCCUUUUCAGAGAAGAGCUGUCAGAUGGCUCCUGGAACGCGAAGGAAUGGGAUUGGAGAAAGAUGGGAAGCUUGUACCAAUUGACAGAUCGCUCAAUGGCAAUCUUCCAGCAUCAUUCACCCAUAUGAAGGAUGCAGAUGGGCAAGACUGUUACUUCAGUCAUCUAUUCAUGAUCAUCACCCGCGAUAUAUCUAAUUGGCAUGACGCUGCGGACACUUUGCGUGGCGGCAUUCUUGCAGAAGAGAUGGGGCUAGGGAAGACGGUUGAAAUGAUUGCUCUGAUGAGCUUGAACAAGCGCCCGGAGCAAGUCAAACCAGACCCAGAUGGGUUGAGAGUGUCAGGUGCUACUUUGAUCAUCACGCCACCUGCAAUCCUGGAGCAAUGGAAGCAAGAACUCGAACAGCAUGCCCCAAAACUUCGCGUGCACCACUAUACCGGAAUCAAGCGCACUCAACAGCAGUCGGAUGAUUUGGUUGUAGAGGAAAUCGCUGAUUUUGAUGUUGUACUGACAACCUACAACGUCAUCUCCCGAGAGAUUCAUUAUGCAGGCGCUACUCCAACCCGCAACCUGCGACACGAGAAGAGAUUUGCGACUCGGAAAACCCCUCUAGUCCGUAUUUCAUGGUGGCGCGUUUGCCUCGACGAGGCUCAGAUGAUCGAAAGUGGAGUGAGCAACGCAGCGAAGGUGGCACGGCUGAUUCCCCGCCAGAACGCAUGGGCUGUGACCGGUACACCACUUCGCAGAGACAUUGACGAUCUCUCUGGCCUUCUUUUAUUCCUACACUACCAUCCAUUUUCAUACUCCAGUCAUUUAUGGAAACGUCUCUACUCUCGAUUUGGACCUGUUCUGGUCAAAAUAAUCAACACUAUUGCCCUUCGACAUAGCAAGGACCGAGUUCGGGACGAGCUCCGUCUUCCGCCCCAGAAGCGUGUUGUGAUCACCACUCCAUUCACUGCCAUCGAAGAACAACACUAUGGCCAGUUAUUUGAGGAGAUGUGCGAUUCCUGUGGACUGGAUGCAUUUGGCGCACCUCUUCGGGGUGACUGGAAUCCGGACGAUCCAACGAUCAUUGAAAAAAUGCGAACCUGGUUAACCAGACUUCGACAAACCUGCCUACACCCCGAAGUUAGCGGAAGUAAUCGCCGAGCCCUGGGUGCAGGAAACGGACCGUUACGCACUGUCGGCGAGGUCCUAGAAGUCAUGAUCGAAACCACCGACACUUCCAUUCGUACAGAGGAGCGGUCGCUCCUUUUAUCGCAGCUGCGGCGUGGCCAGCUCCUCGAGACGGCAAGACGUGGGAAAGAGGCUCUGGACUUGUGGCAGAAAACCCUUGACCAUUCCACAGAGCUUGUUAAGGAUAGUCGCGAGCAACUGCGCCUGCAGCGGCUCAAAAACAAAGAGAAUAAAACCAAUGGAGAUGCCGCGACCUUCUCAGAAACCCCGGACAUUAGUGAUGACGAGGCAGAAGAAGCGGAUAAAAACAGUCGCAUCGGCCAGUGUCGACUCAAAUUACGCGCCGCUCUCGAGGUUCAACAUAUCGCCGUAUUCUUCACUGCGAAUGCAUACUACCAGAUCAAAACCGACACGAAUCUUACUCAGCCCGAAUCUGAUGAGUUCCAGGCCCUCGAGAAGAAAGAAGUUGAAGGAUACGAAGCUGCCAAAGUGAUCCGCAAAGAGAUGUUGAUCGAUAUCUCGAAGAAGGUGGAACGAUACAUGCGAAUUAUUAAGGAAAAGACUCGGAAAAACGGAUUUGUGAACAUCCCCAAAAUGAAACCGUUCCUCUACAGCAGAGGACUGGAAUCCUACCGCAUACUGAACAAGUUUGAAGACUUGUGCGCUGCCCUGAACGAGCAUGCAAAGCAAUACGAAGUUUGGCGUGACGUGAUGACGAAAUUGGUCUCACAAUCGCUAAUCGAUCAAGAAGAAGACGCCGAGCUCGAGGGCGACGAGUACGAGCGAUCGACCAAGCAUCAGGAUGAAAUGUAUGUCUACAUGGAGGCUUUGCGGUCGAUGUACGCCGAUCGCCAUGAUGCUCUCACCGGCCAAAAGAACAUUCUGAUCUCUCACGAAGUCAAAGCAGGCAUCAUCCAAGCGCAGAAGAACGAGGGUCCAUCGCCAAAGCUGUUUCUGUCGAUCAUGAAUACUCGCAGUGAACUUAUGCCCGAUCCCGAGUUCGGCUCUCUCCGUGGCAUCGUCAGUGAACUUCGCAGCUUGGUGACUUCGCUGGAGUGGCAGGCUAGUGGAGGAAGUUCGCGCGCGAGCGCUGAGUUGGAAAUGGUCGGCAUGGUUUUGAAAAAUGCUGGCCAGAUGAUUUCCGAACAGCUUAAGGUGUCAUCGAGCUUGGAACGAGAAGUGGAAAUGUUCCGUGAUACUAUGAAUAACAGGUUGGAGUACUACCGUCACCUGCAGCAGAUUUCAGAUACGGUUGCGCCUUACGAUGAAGAAAAUGCCGGAAAACCCAUGGACGAAGCUCUCUUCGCAUCGAAGCUGAAGCAAGAAGAGACCCUGGAAAGCAAAAUCUCAACUCUGAAGUCCAAACGCCGGUAUCUGUUCCAUCUGCGGGAUGAGUCAGGAUCAGAGGAUAGCUCGAGAAUCUGUAUUAUUUGCCAGUCAAGUUUUGAAGUCGGCGUUUUGACUGUCUGUGGCCACAAGUACUGCACAGACUGCCUGCGACUAUGGUGGCGCCAGCAUCGCACUUGUCCCAUGUGCAAGAAGCCCCUGAAACUCAAUGACUUCCACCAAAUCACCUACAAGCCGCAGGACCUUGUUGUUCAAGAAGAGGAAGCACCUGUCAAAUUUGACCACGAGCGACACUCGAAGAAUGCAAUCUACAGCGAUAUCAGCUCAGGCCUCCUGAAAGAAAUCAAAAACAUCGAUCUCGAUGGAUCUUUCGGAACGAAGAUCGACACGCUUGCGAGACAUGUUCUGUGGCUGCGCGAACAUGACCCCGGCGCCAAGUCGAUCAUCUUUUCCCAGUACAGGAAUUUCCUGACUGUGCUACAAGCGGCGUUCUCUCGAUUUGGCAUCCUUUACAGUAGUGUUGAUGCGCCGAAGGGCAUUGAGAAAUUUAAAAAAGACCCCGCGGUUGAAUGUUUCUUACUUCACGGCAAAGCCCAAUCCUCAGGACUGACCUUAAUCAACGCAACCCACGUGUUUCUCUGCGAACCACUAAUAAACACCGCCAUCGAGCUCCAGGCCAUUGCCCGAGUCCACCGAAUCGGCCAGCACCGUCCAACAACCGUGUGGAUGUAUCUCGUUUCGGGAACCGUGGAAGAAUCAAUCUACGAGCUCUCAGUCACCCGUCGACUAGCCCACAUCCUGGAGAAAGAAAAGCAAGAGAACAAUGCCAGAGCUUUGACCAGCAACGGUGAAGAAGCACUCAUUCACGAUUUGACCGAGACGGCGAUUGAUUCCGCGAACUCUAUGGAAUUAGAAGACGCCACUCUGACGAAUCUGAUGACUAGCGGUGCUUCGGGUGGAGAGAUGGUGAAGAAGGAUGAUCUUUGGCAGUGCCUUUUCGGCAAUUUGGAGCAGAAGGAUGGGAAUGAUCGCUCGAUGGAUGCUGAGAGGGAGGUUGGUCGGUUUUUACGGGGGGAGGCUGCUGAACACAGGAGGGAUGAAUGA